AUGUUCUCCCUCAACCAAAUGGUUCGCCGCGGCGAUGACAACACCGGCCUCUCCAACACCAUGGUCGACCUCCUGAUCUCACUCCUUGUUCUCGUCCUGCUCGCCCUCGCCCUGAUCGGUGGCCUGUUCAUCAUCCGCCGUAAGCGCAACAAGGAUUCCGUGCUCCCCGUUCACAACGGCCAAGUCCCUACCACCCAGCGUCGGUUGACCAUCACCGCCAACAAGCACGACUCGAUCAUGGUCUACGAUGAGAAGCGUGCUCUGAUGGAGAACUCCGACAGCCCCCCACCCAGCCCGAUCCCCGAGAUUCGCAUCACUUUCCCCGAGGAGGAAGAUGAGUCUGGCCGACGCAAGUCUGGCCGCAUGGUCGUCGUGCGUAUCAGCGAGGCUGGCAGCGUGGGCCUGGAACCUUGCCACGAAGAGCUGCCCCCGUACCAGACCAAUGACACCGGUCGGUUCCAUUCUCUGGAUAUCGAGCGCAUGGGCGGUCUGAAGGAGAAGGAAGAGUUCAAGCAUUACUCUUAA